AUGGAUAACAGAGGGAAGCAACCAUCCACCUGGGACGCCUACGAGUCGGCCAACCGCCCGUCAAUCGACUCGGACACGGAAAGCCACAUACAAUGGGACGAGCUCUCGAGGCGGCCAAGCGGAGAGAGUAAUGCAGGCACGGGGAGGUGGACUGGCACGGUUGGCGAAUUACGAAGACGAAGAUCUUCAGUAGGACAACAGAUUAGCGCAUUGGGCGAGGUCGGAGGCGUCAACAGCAUCAACAACUUUGCGCGGUCGUGGCAGCGUGCAGCAGGCUUCUUCGAAAUCACACCCGUGCGACCCUCCUUCCGUAUCGAGGACGAAGACGGCGACGAUACAGAAGAGUCCGACUUCUCACGCAGCGGCCUUCCGACGCCAGUGCCAGACCAACGAUCCGCCCUGCGACAGGCGCUUCAAGAAGGCGGACGACGCGCAUCCGACAAUGCCAUAACAGACGAGGAGCAGGGCGCAACGGAGCGGACGCAAUUGCUGCCCAAUACCGUCGAACAGCGUCUGAGAGGGAGAGGGUCGAGCAUAUUCCAGAUCGAGCCCUCGCUAUCCUCACCUUUCGGAGCCAGCUAUGGCACGGGAUAUGGCAGUCUGAGUUCGCGCGUGAACGAGUCGUCCAUGCGCCAUGCUGGCCGCCUCUUCACAGAGCAACAACUGAAGGGCGUCGCAGAGCCAGAACAAGAACGAGAACCACUCUUGGUCAAGCAGGUCGAAGAAGACGGGCACAUCAUCAACGUAGUCGUUGGUCAAUCAACCCUACCACAGACGAUAUUCAAUUCGGUCAACGUCUUGGUCGGUGUUGGGCUGCUCACGCUGCCACUUGCGCUCAAGUACUCUGGAUGGCUGAUAGGUAUGGUUUUCCUGGCGUGGUCGGCUGUAGUGACCGGCUAUACUGCAAAGCUACUUGCCAAAUGUCUCGAUGUUGAUGGUUCCCUCAUCACCUUCGCUGAUCUUGCAUAUGUCUCCUUUGGAACCAAAGCACGAGUGGCCACUAGCAUUCUGUUCUCUUUGGAGUUACUAGCAGCAUGUGUCGCAUUAGUCGUCCUCUUCGCUGACAGCAUGGACGCUCUCAUUCCCGGUUGGGACGUCUUCCAGUGGAAGAUUGUCUGUGGGUUGAUAUUGAUACCACUGAGCUUCCUACCCCUGCGCUUCUUGUCUUUCACAUCUAUUCUGGGUGUAAUGUCCUGCUUUGGAAUCACACUCGCCAUCUGGAUCGACGGGCUCGCCAAACCUGAGGCCCCUGGAUCCAUUCGCCAGCCAGCUACUCAGUACCUAUUCCCAGACAACUGGCUUACCGUACCGCUCUCUAUUGGCCUUCUCAUGUCUCCUUGGGGUGGUCAUUCUGUCUUCCCGAACAUCUACCGUGACAUGCGACAUCCGUACAAGUACAGGAAAGCAGUCAACGUCACCUACAUCUUCACCUACCUCAUCGACGUUGGUAUGGCCUGCGCGGGUAUCCUCAUGUUCGGAGACGGUGUCAAGGAGGAAGUGACAAGCAACAUAUUCCUGACUCCUGGCUUUCCUCCAGGCAUCUCCGUUUUUAUUGCCAUCUGUAUCGCCAUCAUUCCAUUAACCAAGAUUCCGCUUAACGCAAGGCCUAUUGUCAGCACGCUGGAGGUUCUCUUCGGUCUGGACACGCGCUCUCUGGCCAUGUCUUCAUCCAUCGAUGGCAUGAGUGGCCUUACUCGGGGGGCGCUAAAGAUCACCCUUCGCAUCGUCACUAUCGUCAUAUUUGUUGUCAUCGCCAUCAUCUUCCCUUCGUUCGAUCGCAUCAUGACGCUUCUCGGCAGUGUCGCCUGCUUCAGCAUUUGUAUUAUCCUUCCUUUGGCGUUUCAUCUGAAGUUGUUUGGAAAAGAGAUAUCUAGCGGAGAGAAGACGAUGAAUUGGGUGUUGAUUGUCGUCAGCACUAUCAUGGCUAUUGUCAGCACUGUUUUUGCAUGUCUACCUAAAGAGAUGAUUGGGGCUUAG